GACAUGCAUUUAAAAUUGGUGAUGAGAACAAUGCACAGGAAUAUACCUUGUUAACAUCUGGUAGUUUAAUGUCUAGUGUAUCAUGGGGAGUAGGAGAUGAUGGUAGUCCACUCAUACCACCUAUAUCACAGACUACAGCCUAUUCUAUGGGUGCAGUCAAACAGUAUGACGCAUUAGCUGCUAUUGGUGCUACUGGUAUGGUAGAUAUGGAAAAAUUAUCACAAUGGAUUACCGAGUCAAAACUGGAUCCAAAUGAUCCAGCUAAUGCUGCAUUACUGCAUAUGAUUAAGUCUGUUAGUGGUACUGAUGCAUAUGGUAAAUCCGUGAAGUUACCAUCUUAUUUCCGACUGGAACAGCUGCAACAGGAAUUUAAUUUUGCCACCGAUGAUGAAAUAGCCGAGUCUAAAAGGUUCAAAUUAAUUGAGUUGCGACAGAAAGAAGUCGCUGAAUUUCGGAAUUACACUCAAAUACCAAUAAAGGAGAAAGAAAUACCAGCUGAUGUAUUUUUGGAGUAUGAAAAAAAGAAAAAAGCUGAAGAGGAAUUGGCAGUUGGUGAUGACAAGGAUCCACAUAGGGCUGCUGUUGCAAGGUUCCUUGGAAAGGUACGUGAACAAGUGAUGGCUAGAUUCCGUGCUGCACAGCACCAAUACACAUGGCUAGAUGUAGUCGCAGAAGAACCAGUACCAAAUAUUACGUUGUUAUCUGCUAACUUACUAAAAUUAGCAGAACCAAGACGACCUCUAAAACCUACAAGAAAAGAACGGAAAGUAGUAACUGCUCAGAGCUUGGGUCAAGCUGAUGUCAAAGUACUUGUUAAUAUAGAACGAGCAUUUGACAUUCCAGUCAGGAAGGAAUCAUUGACUUUGACUGAGUUAACAACUGCAAUAACUGUGAGACCAUUUGUGGAGUGUGUGUUUCAACGCAACACAAAACAAACCAGUGUUGGUGAAGGUCCUAACCCUAACUGGAGUGAAGAGCUCUGUAUGUCUUUCAAAGCACCAAACAAUGAUUAUUCUUCAACCUCUCUUCAGACAUGUAAAGAUUUACUGUAUGUAAAUUUAUUUGAUGAAGUAGUUGUUGAUAUGUUAGAUGAUGAUAGACAAAGAGCUACUAAUGUCCAUCAGAGACUUGAAAGAAAAUGGUUAGGAUCACUGAAAAUACCAUUUUCUACAGUCUAUUUCCAGGGACAGAUUGAAGGUAAUUUCCGUCUGGAAGCCCCACCAAUACUACUAGGCUAUCAGAGAGCUGGUCCCCUGUCAGCAGCCACUACAGUGCCUUCACCUUAUGGUGGUGCGCCAUCUAAAGUUGAAUCUGAUAGUACAUAUUUACAGCUAUUUAUAACAAUAGAACCAGCAUUGUCAACACCAGAUCCUGUCAAAGAGAAGUUUGACACCACAGAAGAUGAGAAGUUACUGAACUUUGCUGAUGUGUUUGCUGAUGGAAUUCAGAAAAAACAUCCCAAGCGUGAAAUAAUUACAACAGUGAUGGACAUCAAUGCAAAAUCAGUGUUUGUCACAAGAUAUUUUAAACCACUCAAGCCACCAGAUGAAGUUCUCAAUAUGGAGUCUAAUCCUCUCAAACAAGCUGAAGCAAUAGCUCGGUUUGUAUCUUUGAUACCAUCUGUAUCAGACAGUGUAGAAUUCCCUGGUAUGUGUGAUAUAUGGAGUACUUGUGAUCAAUUUCUGCAGAUGUUACAAGGUGAUGAAGAAGAGCAUGCUGUGUUGCUAUGCAACUAUUUCUUACAUAUUGGAAAGAAGACAUGGUUAUUAGUAGGGUCAGCUAUACCUGAAGGAGCCACUACUUAUGUAUUAACUAAAGAAAAUGAUACUACAUUCUUGAUAUGGAAUGCAUCUACUGGUGAACAUUACCCACAAUAUGAUAAUUUCUGUCCUUUCAAAAGUGUUGGAUGUCUUAUCAAUAAGGACAAUAUCUGGGCCAAUAUUCAGCCUAAUGAUGAACCAUAUAGAGUAGAUUUUGAUGUGUCUAAAAGUAGUAUGUGGAGACCUUUGUUCAGUAAAGGUUAUUCAAAUCCUAACCUUACCAGUGUACAAGUAGAUGAGUUAAGAUACUACCCAACUGAUAAAGGAUAUGUUGCAGAAUUAACUGACAAAAUUGAGAAGAAAUUACGUGAGAAAUUAAUGGAGUGGCGUCCAAGACACAUCACACGAUUCAAUAGAUACUGUACACAAAUAUUUCGAAAUUUGUUACGAAAGUUAGAAUUACAAAAAGGGAAAGUUACCAUAGAAGAGCAUAGAGCAGAGUUAGACCAAGUAUUAGGUUCUUAUACGAUGUGUGGCUUUCCCUUGAAUUUGACGUAUACUGAGAUGUUGCCAAUCAUUGAUACAGUAUACAGUACAGGUGUUCAUGUUAAUGAAUCACCAGACGUAGAGUUUGCAUUAGCUGUACACAUACAUCCAUAUCCAAAUAAUAUACUAUCUGUAUGGAUAUAUAUUGCAGCAGUUACAAGGAAAAGAUAAAUCUUGAUGAAUCAUUUAGUCAGUGACACUCAACAUUUAUAAAUUUACAAAAAAACAAGAUCUAUGGCAAGUGUUCAUAGACCCAAGCUUGUAUAUAUAAUUAGAAGACAGGUUAGAGCAUACAGGUUUGUAUGAAUCAGACGACAGACCUAGUCAGUGACAAUGUACUCAUUGACAGUUUUCUCACAAAAUGCAAAAUAAUAUUUAUAGAUAACAUUUUGAUAAUUCAUAUUAUUACUUGUACCAAGAUAUUGUGUUUUGAUGAGUUGAUCAUACUUUCAGAAUCACUAUGAACAGUGCUCACAGCUGUGUGAUCUUGGCACAGUUAGAUAGAUACUUGUAUGAUAGUUUAUUCAGUUUUGGGGCAGGAUCAUAUGCCUUCUCAUGCCAGAUAUAAGACUUUGUU